AUGUUUAUUGCAUUUUUUCAGAACACGGGACGUCAUGGUGAUACAGGGAAGUGCGUAUCUCGGCAUCUCGAGCAGAUCAGCGUCAGUCAUCUGUCCUUCUCCUCGUUUUAUAUCGCAUUCGACGUUGCCAAGAGCUCAAUCGGAAUUUUGAUUCUGAUGAGGAUGCUAGAGAGACUCUUUCCUAAAGAAUUGAACUAUGCAAGAAAAUGGCAUGGAUGCUACGCCCUUCAGUCGUUUGACAUUCCCUCGUUGUUAAUGUCUUGCAGUCUUGUUUGA